AUGAGUGUUUACUAUAAGACCAUCACCCUGGAGCCUACCCCAUCGGUUGAACCGACCACCACUAUCCAAGCUACAUCCACCGUCACGGAGACUGUCACAGCCAUCCCUGAAUCAACUCUGACCUCUGUCUCGGUGCCGAUGGAAACGCCCACGACUGGUGCGAAUGUUGCUCCCACGGAGUCCCCCGUUGAUGCCAUUGAAACGAGCGUGUCGGUUGGACUCCCACCCUCAUCGUCAACCUCGACUUCAGCCACUGUUCAUCAAAAGGUCAUCGUUCCCGCGGAGUCAACCACAACUGUCGCCCCCCAGCCCACAACCGCUGCUGUUGUCGUCUCCACGAGCCAAGCGCAGCAGCCUACGACCACAGCAGCAGCUCCGAGCGCCUCUACCUCGGCAUCUUCGUCCAGCUCCAGUACGUCCAAGAGCGAAACGUACUCCGGCGAAGCAACCUUUUACGGCGGCAACGUCUCCGGCGGAACUUGCUCGUUCACGGGCUACACUCUCCCCUCGGGCCUCUUCGGCACCGCCUACUCCGGCGCGCAAUGGAACGACGCGGCCCAGUGCGGUGCCUGUGUCCAGGUAACGGGCCCGAGCGGAAACUCCAUCAAAGCCAUGAUCGUCGACCAAUGCCCCGAGUGCGAAGCAACCCAUCUCGACCUCUUCCAGAACGGCUUUAGCGAGCUCGCCGCUCUCUCCGAGGGCAUCAUCAGCAUUGACUGGUCCUUCGUCUCGUGCGACAUCGACACGCCCCUCGUCCUGAAGAACAAGGAGGGAACCUCGGCGUACUGGUUCUCCAUGCAGGUCGUCAACUCCAAUGAGCCUGUCACCGCCCUCGAGGUCAGCACCGACGGGGGAAGUACCUGGCAUGCUACUACCCGCUCGUUCUACAACUACUUUGAGAACGAUAGUGGGUUCGGUACUGACACUGUCGAUGUGAGGAUCACGGGCCAGUCGGGUAAGACGGUGCGCGUGAACAAUGUGGGUUGUUCGUCUGGAUCGUCGACUACCGCUUCCACGAACUUUUAA